AAAAUUCAAUAACAAAUUUAAAUGAAAAUUCCGGUGUUAUCAUGUCAGUAAUUCAUACAUCAAUUAACAACAUCGAAGAUAUAAAUAAGCAUGAUAAUAGUGGUAAUCAUAAUAAUGAACCAGAUUUUGGAUCGGUAUCUGGAUAUCAAUCUAUUAAUGCUGUUUUAAGAGAAGCUUUCUUGAGAAGGCAUGGUUUAUAA